GUGAUUUGAAACUUUUAAGUCUUGGUUUGACCAGUCUCGGCGCAAGAAACCGUUGCCUUUUAAAUCCUCCGUCUUUAGAAGACUAUAAACUGCUGUGGAUACUGACUAACUUAUGUCACGAGUUGAUGUACAUUGAAUGGUUGCGACAAGGGGGAAAAUUUUUUGAUCAGUACGGGAAACCCAUCUUACCAUUCGACAUUGACCCGUAUCUGAGGGACCCAGGUCCUCCGUCACUUCCUCACCUCUCCCUGUGACCACAAGAAUGAAGAGUACUGCCCCGGAUGGAGUACAUCACACGAGGGGUCUGUGGACAGGAAGGGUGCCGUGAAACGCGGUAUUACCUUGACAAUGGCCUCUGGUUUUGUAGGCGGGGUCAUCAGCAGGAGGGGCGACAAGUCGAAGCGGAUGCAGACGAUUUUGGAACUCAAGGUCGAACGAGUCGCAUAAAGAAAGCGGCGGUCGAAAAGGCCCAAAGGACUUACCGGGGUCGUCAGGCAUCUCGUCUGUUUCUGCAAGUGUAUCAAUUGAUUCUCUGGAAACAAUCUUACACCUUGGUCCAGAGCCGCGGCUUUCCGCCAGAGUUUGAGAAUGUGAUCCGAGACCUUUGGGCGCUCCAUCUGGAUACCUUCGCGGACCAGAUCAAUGAGCUGUCAGAGUUGAAUGAUGAACCGCGAUUCUUCAGCUCUCAGCCGGCCUCCAGCUUCGAUGAGCCUCCAGAGGCGAAGCUCGGUACCACGCAGACGAAAUGGCCUCGACUGAUCGAUAGCGUGGCCUUGUGCUAUAUUGCCGCGCUGUUGAUGAGGCUUCCUGUGAGCAUUGAGGAUUUUCAUCGGAUGGCUAUACGGGGAGAAAUGCCCUUUAUCAGAAUCAUCAAAGAUAUUCCCCGCGAGAUGCGAGAUAGACUCCCACCGCAAUUCAUCGCCAUUCUCGAAACUACAAAAUUGAUUCAGCCUGAGCAUCUUCAUGGAGCCGUGGCGGAUCUCCUUUCGUACUAUCAUCAUCGAUUUGACAUGCAGUUUCCGCCUUUGAACUGGCCCUUCUUGCUUUACAGAUACAUAAAAAGGCUUGCGCUGCCGAUCGACAUCUAUCCUGCCGUCAAGAGGCUACAACACCUACUGGGUUUCUCUUUCGCAUACCCCACGGGUACAAAUGGCAGGAGAAGACCACUUCAAUUACCGGAAGUACAAGUGGUUGUCCUGAUUGUCAUUUCUACCAAGCUUCUAUUCCCGUUCGAUGACUACAACAGAUACCCUCUUUCUUCGAAGGAACCUUCUGUUCAGGUCAUUGACUGGGUGCUUUGGGCGCAGAACCAAAGGAAUUAUGACCGUGAACGGACUGCUGGCGGUAGGCUGGGCAAGGGGAAUGAGAUCUCGGUGGCUGAGAAGGACAUAUUGAGCAUGACCCCGUCCCAGAUGGAUGAGUAUAUGGAUUGGUACGAGAGCUCUUGGCUCGACCACAGCAAAGCACAAAAUCCAUUGGCCAGUUUCUUCCCGGUCAAUGUCAAUGCAAGUGAGAGCCAGACCGCCAGCGCUUCAGUAGAGGGGAAUGAUGCGGAGGCUCUGCUUUCGAUGCUGCGAACCUCGACGAGUCAGCUGAAACCCACCAAGGUCAUCACCGGGGAGAGUAUCGAUACACCCCGACCAGGCUCCGCCUAUGCGCGCUACCGAACGGAGGCCGAUCUUCCUGAGACGGCAAGGCCCUUCUUCGAGACUACUGCCAAAGUAGCUGGAAUCUCGCUCUCCACUCUUGUCAGGGCGGUGUCUCAGGCGGAACACAAGAUAACCAGAUGGCUGGAAGAGCACCGACGGGUCGAAGCGAUCAAAGAUACGUUGGACACGGACGUCUCUCGAGACACUAGCGAGAUGGAUGAUCAAGAUAUGUCUGAGUCUGGAGAAGGAGAAUAAUGAGAUGUACAUCUACAAGUGAGAAUGCAGCUGCGUGAACUGUGCUUCUUUGGUUAAGGUGAAAAGAGAAAACAGUGUGGAAGCCUAGGCCUGUCCAUAUAGUUACCAAGGGCCAAGGCUCAUCUCAAUGGAGAGAAUACGGUUUCAAUCACAAGGUCACAAGGAUUGAGGAGUGGUGGGCAUGACGGCUGCAGUAUUGAGGAAUAUCGACCAACCAGGAUGCAAUGGUACAAAUUGCAUACCCGCAACCUUGAUAAAAUGAAAGC